CUCGCACAAUUUUCCCCGAUUACGAUAGCUUAGGAUCCAGGGAUAAGUUGAACACGCUGUGCAGUCAUGUCAUUCUAUUGUUGCCUGAGGCGGAGAGAUGAAUCUUUGGCUGUUGCUGUGGUUUACGGCAGCGCCCUGCCUUCCAACAAGCAGCAAUGAUACUAAGAGCGUGGUCACAGCCUGUCAAACGAAAAACCAUGUUGUGUCCUGUCAGUAUCAGAACCUAUCCAAAGUACCUGAUCUUCCAAUGGCGGGGACCAAAAUGGUAGAUUUAUCCCAUAAUUCAAUCCGAAUGUUGACAGAAGAAUCACUGCUAAAUUUUGGUUCACUGCAACACCUGGAUGUCUCCUAUAACCAACUGAAAACUAUAGAAUCAGAGGCUCUGGCACAUCUGACUAGCCUAAGAGUGCUCAUGUUGGCAAACAAUCACCUGCACAGGAACUUUUCAUCUACUGAUGGAGCCUUCAACCAAUUAAAGAGACUCGAAGUGCUAAAUCUGUCACAGAAUUAUUGGGACAGUGAGACAGUGGCUCCACAUCUGAAAAAUCUGUCUUCACUGAAAGAAUUACAUCUUUCAGGGAACUUAUUGAUGAAGCUGACACCUGACAUGUUCUGUGGGAUGCUGUUUUUGAAAUAUAUUUUCCUCGAAAGAAACUAUAUUACCGAAAUAACCGCAGGGACCUUUGAGUGUUUACCAAACUUGGUUGAAUUGAACUUGGCCAUGAAUUCACUUUCUUGUAUUUCCAAUUUUCAUCUUUCGAAGCUCCAAGUCUUGAACCUGAGCAGAAAUGGCAUUGAAUUCUUCAUAACCAAUGAGAAUGAGGAAGAAUAUCAUCUUCACGUGCUUGACCUGAGUCACAACAGGUUAUUUCAUUUUCCAUUUCUUCCAAAAUUGCAUCAGAUAAAACAUUUGAAUUUGUCUAGUAAUUUAAUGAUCAGUGUAACACCUGAUGUAUUGAACAAUUCACAUGAAUGGGACAUAAGAAACAGAUAUAAAGAAUUUAUGGUGUUAAAUAACCACAGUUCCCAUGCAAGUUUAUCGGAAGUAAUAUUUUUGGAUUUAAGCAACAAUGUACUGCUUGAUAUAUCACAUGGCUUUUUGAAUAAAUUUAGUUCUCUCCAACACUUGAACCUCAGUGGAAACUGUUUUCAGAAUUUUAGUAUAGAGAAUGCUGAAGAACUGAAUUUCCUGUCUUCUCUAGAUCUCAGUGACAAUAAACUCAACAAUAUAUCCAUGGGGGCAGAUAGUCAAAAGCUCCUCUCCUUAAGAUACUUGGACCUUCAGAAUAAUUCCAUUCAGUUAUUACCCUCUCAACUUUUUAAAGCCCUACCUAAAAUAGAAAAUGUCAACCUUGCUAACAAUAAUGUGAAGAUUUGUAAUGUGGCAAAUAAGAUCAUGGGAUAUGAUGGCCAAAUUCAAGAGAGCCAUAACAAUAAUAAUGGGUGUGUGUCUUUUUCUGACAUCCCUACUCUUAAGUACCUCAACCUCAAUGGGAAUAACAUUACACAGCUGGCACCCUACACGUUCUAUCAGACCCCCUUGGUAUAUUUGGAUGUUUCAAGAAAUAAACACCUGGAAGUGCCAGAGCAGGCUCUGAUAGGCUUGGAACAAUCUUUGCAAUAUCUCUCUUUAAGGUGGAAUUCUAUCCAAACCUCCAAAGUCACUUUGACAUGUCUGAGUCACCUUAGAAAUUUGGAUUUGUCGUACAAUCAGUUAGAAUUUUUACCCUCUGGCAUUGGAUGUUCUCCAUUGCAAGUCCUUGAUAUUCGGGACAACAAUUUUCAUGUUCUUCAAGACUUAAUGAUUAGAAACGUGUCUCGAACUCUUAAAACACUGUACUUGAGUGGAAAUUAUUUUAACUGUUGCGCAUUAACUUGGCUGGAUGCACUGAAAGGUACUGAUGUUGAAACACCAGAUAUGGGUAAGACCGAAUGUGUUUACCCAAAGCAGAAUGAUUAUUCAACAGUCCAAUUAUUAAGUGAUCACACGGAGGAAUGUCAUGCCAAAGGCACCACAAAAGUCAGUCCCCUUCUAAUUCUAAUAUCUGCACUUGCCUUUCUACUGGUUAUUGGAUCUGUGAUAACGUUAAUUGCUGGAGAGUGUUGUAGAUUGUGUCUGAACACUGGGGAGGAGAGGUUUGAGGCAGACACUGCUCCAGUGAAAACAAAGAGUGAACACCAGCUGGACGGGCUGUCUCUAAGUGUCAUUAAAAUAGAAACAUAAAGUGGUGAAAUGUAUUACUGAACUGCAGCAUGGAGUAGAAAGACCAAAGCUUGAAAUCCAACCCAGAUAUGAUGCAGAUUUGUGAUCACAUUGGAAAAUGAACUAACGGUCUGACGCAACACCAAGUGAAGCUGAGCCAUUGAAAGCAAAGAGACUUUACUUCUGGGCCAUGAAAUCAAACUUUGCUCAGCCUCAAGACCUGGGAUGCUUUGAUAAUAAGUAAAGGCAUUCUGUCUUUUCAUGUGAAUAUAUUUUUAAUUAUUGGAAAUGCAUGCUCUCCAAAAGCUUGGUGAUUAAAUGCAUCUUGUGGUAUGACAAUGAGUCAUAUGUUCGAGGAAUGUCCCUGUAUUUGAUGCACUGUCAGUACUGAGUGAACCUAGCUCAGCUAGGGUAGAAGUAGGAUGCUACAAUCUGUCUCCGCCUCCAUGAGGGGAACUAAAUUCAUAGUUUCUCUUUCUUUCCAAUGGACUCGUCCUGUAGUGCUGCUGUCCCCCCUCCCGUCAAUCAAACUGCCCCCUAAUGUUCGCUCUCUAGGGCCACAAAGCAGCAUGGGAACGUGGGAAGAUUGGAACAGGAGUAGGCCAUUCAAUCCUGUGAGCCAUUCAGUUAUAUCAUCGUUGAUCUGUACCAUUUACCCGUCAUUGCUCGGUAUGCCUUAAUACCCUUAACUUACAAAAACAUAUCGAUUUCAUAUGACCCAAGAUUCAUAGCCUUUCCAGAUUUCCAUUAUCCUUUGAGUGGCAAAGUGCUUCCUGAUUUCAUUCCUUAAUGGCCUCGCUCUAAUAUUAAGAUAAAUAACAAAUGGCUGAAUAAAGUCAUAUUCAAAAAUCAAAUGCCAUCUGCUGGAGAGAUGGCAAAAGGAAACAAUUGGUGGGGGUAGGGGAUUAAAAUUUUUGAUGCUAUACCUAUUAUAUUUGGAUUAUUGUUAACUUGGACUCAUGAGGUUCAUUUUAUUAUUCUCACAGAUGAUUUCUCAGGAUUUACAGUUGAAAUUGCUUUGGCACAGUAGAAAUGUCAGAACAGUUCAACUGUAUAUUAAUAAAUUAAUAAAUUAAAUAAAUAUUAAUAAAGUCAUUUUGCGUAUCUUAUCCAUGGAAGUGAAACACUAUUCAGAGCACUACUAAAUUAAUACAAAGUGUGUUUAUUCUACAUUUAGUUUAUAUUUGUGAGAUUAAACACACAAAAUAUUACUUUACACAUAACUGUUACACGUUGAUCUAAUUAAAUACAUAGAGAUAACAGCAAAUAUUUUUCUAAUAAAAAAUCUUAUCUUAGUGUAGUUUACAUGUACAAAUUGUUUAAGUGGGAGCUGAAAAUGAGCAUUUCUUAGCUUGUGCUCUGGAAAUGUAUAUAACUGAAUUCACAAAAGCAUGUAUCAGAAUCCAAUCCAAUAAGUUAUGGUUACAAACCCUUUCCUCAAAUAUAUCAUUUAGGAGAUGUUGAAUUUAUCAUAUAUCAGCCAAUGUACUAUUUGAUUUUAAAACUGGAAAUUCUGUUUUCAUUUCAGACUUCCAGCAUUUGUAGUUUUUUGUUUGUAUUUAUGCAGCAUUAUUUUAUCAAUUGAAAUACUAGGCAAUGUUUUCUGUUGAAAUCUUUGAUAAAUGGCACUAAACAUA